CGCACAUGAGAGCAAGCAGUGCGGCGCUUUUGGUUAUCUUCUUCCAACUAUCUUACUUCUCAGCUCGGUCACCUCCGUUCCAUGGUAUACCAUGCUGCUGGCGGCAGCCGCUGCAGCAGCGCCGUACCACCCCUUCUUCUCCCGCUACCGCCGCCACCCUUCGCCGCAUAGUUUCUUCGCCGUGCGGAGAGCAGGCGGGGGCUCGGCCCUCCCGCGGGCCUUACUACGCCGGUGUCGCAGUCAGAGUCAACACUCCUGCUGUCGCUGUCACUGCUCUUGGAGCAGCAAUGCGCACGCAGGCCGGAGUAGCCAUUGCCGCCAUUGCCGGGCGGGUGCAACGCCGAACCCCCCGGACGAGCUGCCGUCGGGCAGAGCCGGCCGCUACCAUCCUUCCGAGGAUAUUGCCGAGACGCUCCACCUAAACGACGGCGAGCCGGCGCGCCUUACCGACGCCGAAUCUGCCCGAACAAUCGUCGAGGUGAACAACAAUGCUACGGUGAUGAUCUCCACGCUCGUCGACGAUGGUGUACACGAGAGAAUCAUCUUGCCGGAGUUCCCCUAUUUGACCGACGAGAAUGGAGAUAUUUACUUCGAGGUCGACAAUGAAGACGCAGUCAUGGAAAGCAUCAUGGGCGAAGACAAAAUCGCGCAUGUUAUCAUUGGACUGGAUAAUACAGAUGUCUUUGCUGAGUUGGAUCUAGCCGCGGCAUCAUCAGCUCAAUUUAUGCAAGAAGGGGAAGAAGAAGAUGACGACGACGAUUCAGAUGAUGAGGAAAGCGACUUUGAUGAGGACUUUGAAGAGGAGGGUGUGUUUGCUAUUGAUGAAGAAGAUGGCGACGACGACGAUGAAGAUGAUGAUGCGCCUAGCUGGUCCAACCUUGAAACCGUGAAUUCCUGCCAUCCUCUCUAUUUUGCAAGGAUGAUUGUGGAGAGCGCGAGCAAAUCUAAUAUAGAUUGGUUGGACCGACCACCUGCAAGCCUCGUUGUUGAGGGCCAGCUGCGACCUGCCUUCGCUGAAGAGAGCACCAUGGUCUCCAGGCAUUUAUUAAAUGGUGAUGAACCCCUAAAAGAUAGUAAAAAGGAGAGUGGAGCUACAUUUUUCAAGGUUGAAGUUCUGAGCAUUGAGCUGAUCACUGCAUAUGGUACCGAGCCCAAAGUAAAGAUAGAAGAAUACCGGAAAUCUAGGCCAGACAUCAUUGCGCAUUCCGCACCGAACAUAAUAUCGCGCUUGAGAGCUGGUGGAGACAAGAUAACACAGGCUCUGAAAUCACUCUGUUGGAGGUGCAAGGCCAUUCCAGUAGAGGAAGCAGCAAUCAUCGGGGUGGACUGCCUUGGAUUUGACUUGAGAUUGUGCUCAGGAACACAAGUGCAGACAUUGAGAUUUGCUUUCCCGACAAAGGCUACUUCAGAGUUCAGCGCAGAGAAGCAAAUACACGAGCUACUGUUUCCUCGGAUACAUCAAGAAGGGCAGUCACCACAAGCUCAACAGAAAGAGUCUUGAUGUAAAUAGGAAUGAGACAUUUCAUCUUUUGGUAGGGAAGUUAAUCAAGCGAAAUAAAAUAUUAGCCAUCUUCAUAAGUUAUGACAGUCUCACUUCGAAUUGAAAUUGUGAUUUGGCUUUCGAGAGUA